UGGAUUUGAUACCUGAUCGAUUUACAGGAUCGUCCAUUUGUGAUCAGUUUCCUUCGGGAUGUCGUCGGUGUGCCGUAAUCUUCGGUUCUAUUUGAAGAACACCAAUUUACAUGGUCUCAAAUAUGUUGCCGAUGAGAGCAAGCAUCCGCUAUUUAGAAUGUUUUGGUUGGCGAUUUUUAUAAUGUUUGGAAUGGCGAUGCUGAGGAUUUUUCGAGGUUCCUACGAAUCGUUUCAGCACAACGCGAUAAGCUUCGUGACGGAGACAACCUACCUGGAUUGGAAUACGACGUUCCCGGCGAUUUCGGUCUGUGAAAUCACGAGUUCGGAGACCUUCUGGACGGCGGAACCAAACGAGUCGUAUUCUCCGGUGCAGCAGUUUCUCUCCGACAUAAUCUUCUUCACCGGUAGCUGCUACUCCUGCAGCACUCCCUGCUCCGAAUGCGAGAAGCUCAAUUAUCGCGAAAUGGUUAAUCGGUUUCGAAAGAAGUGUUCCCAACUUAUGAAGCACUGUAGAUGGAACGAUAUAAGUUUUAAUUGUUGCGAUAAAUUCCUGCCUCUGGAGACGGAAUACGGUCGUUGCUUCUCCAUAAACUCGCUGCAUACCAGGUGGGUCAUUAAGAUUAUCGUCCAGUACCUUGCAUUUUGUACCUUGAUUUUCUAUUAUUGGAACGCUUCCAGCUCCAUCGAAGGAUCUAAUGUGGAGUUGAUAUCCAAUAGGAAGACUGGCCCAGGCGAAUUAUAUAUAGAAACAUCUGACGAUAUUCGGCUGUAUAUACACGCGCCCGAGGACGUUCCGUUCAUCAAUUCCGAUCCCGAUCAAAGGAAGGAUGUUAUGCUAGGAGAGAGCCACUCCAUCAUCAUAAACAUAAUUGAGAUUGCGAACGACGAGAACGUUAAGAAUGUCCCAGUGGAGAAGCGACAAUGUCUCUUCCCUGGAGAGAAGUCCGCAGAGCUUAAAGUGCAUAGUUACUAUUCCUAUUCAACUUGUAUCGUCCAAUGCCAUGCGGACGCUCACGCGAGGCUCUGUAAUUGCACACACCAUUUGAUGCCGGUGCUGGGAAAGGACACCUUUUGCGAUAUGAAAGGACUACAGUGUCUUACGGAUUACUUCGAGACGGUGAACAGGCUGCACGCCAAGGGAUUCGAUAAGCCCGGAUUGGUGUGCGAAUGUGUGCCCUCCUGUGUUGAACCGGAAUAUAAAAUCGUCUCCGAGCGCAAAGGAUUGAAAAGUGCUGCGAGCGAGAUAUCAAUCAGGCUGCAAUCACUGCCGACGUUCAGAUUCAAGAGGAACGUGGUGAGAACCACAAUGGAUUUGGUAGGUGAGUUGGCGCAGCGCGAAUUGCUAACCUGCAUCUUUACUCCAUCUUUAGUAUCAAUUGGCGGCACAGCGGGACUCUUCAUUGGUGCUUCUCUUCUCAGCAUCGUGGAAAUGAUUUACUUGUUGCUAAUUAGAAAAUAUUAGAACAAAUGUCACCUAUAAAUUACUUUUAUAUGUUGCAACGAUUACAUUACAUAUUAGUAAGUAUUAAAUUUUGUAUUUCAUGAUAUAACCACAAACUAUCGACCUAUAUUUAAAGGCUUUUAUAUAAUAACAAAAAUAAAUAGUAUGUCAUGCUUUAGGAGCGAAUUCUA